GCUUUGCGCCGCGAUCCUUCGUUUGUUAUUCGGUUGAGCAAAUGUUUUUUAUUUUAAUUAUUUAGUGAUUAAUACAAUGCUAACUGUUUUGUUCGUUUCAUAGAAUAAACUGUUAUUAAAUGUAAGACCAGAAUGCUUUAGCUAUUAAUGAACGUUAUAUUUGUAAAUACAACAACACUUAUCAUAACAGGGAAAACUCCUGGAGAUGCGACUGAGCUCUCCAUGUGAAACAGCAUUAUAAAAAUGUCGCUUAUUAAAGAGGAGAGUGAAGACGUGAAGAUUGAAGCAGCAGUCCGAGUGAAACAUGAAGAUAUCGAGACACAAACAGACCCAAUGGCUUUGAAAAAGGAAAGCCAAGAACUGAAUAAAAUGGAAGAGAAUCAGUAUGACAGAGAUCAGGAUUUUAUAACUGGAGAAAAAUCCACACAAAAUGAAAAGACUUCCCCACAAAAAAGAGCUCAAAAGACUGAAUCUACCAGUUGUUUCACAUGCUGUCAUUGUGAAAAGACUUACACUCAAAAACAAAACCUUGAAGUCCACAUGAGAAUUCACAAUGGAGAAAAGCCUUUCACCUGCCAACAGUGUGGAAAGAGUUUCAUUCAAAAACAAUACCUUAAAAUCCACAUGAGGGUUCACACUGGUUAUAAACCUUAUACUUGCACUCAGUGUGAACAGAGUUUUACACAAAAAGGAAACCUUAAUGCCCACAUGAGAGGUCACACUGGAGAGAGUCCUUAUACCUGUGGACUGUGUGAGAAGAGCUUUUCACGAAAAGAACGUCUUAAGACUCACAUGCGAAUUCACACUGGAGAGAAGCCGUUCAUAUGUGACCCAAUGGCUUUGAAAAAGGAAAGGCAAGAACUGAAUAAAAUGGAAAAGAAUCAGUAUGAUAGAGAUCAGGAUUUUAUAACUGGAGAAAAAUCCACACAAAAUGAAAAGACUUCCCCACAAAAAAGAGCUCAAAAGACUGAAUGUACCAGUUGUUUCACAUGCCGUCUUUGUGGAAAGACUUUCAGUCCAAAACAAAACCUUGAUGUCCACAUGAGAAUUCACAAUGGAGAAAAGCCUUUCACCUGCCAACAGUGUGGAAAGAGUUUCACUCAAAAACAAAACCUUAAAGUCCACAUGAGGGUUCACACUGGUGAUAAACCUUAUACUUGCACUCAGUGUGGACAGAGUUUUACACAAAAAGGAAACCUUAAUACCCACAUGAGAGGUCACACUGGAGAGAGUCCUUACACCUGUGGACUGUGUGAGAAGAGCUUGUCACGAAAAGAACGUCUUAAGACUCACAUGCGAAUUCACACUGGAGAGAAGCCGUUCAUAUGUGACCCAAUGGCUUUGAAAAAGGAAAGCCAAGAACUGAAUAAAAUGGAAGAGAAUCAGUAUGAUAGAGAUCAGGAUUUUAUAACUGGAGAAAAAUCCACACAAAAUGAAAAGACUUCCCCACAAAAAAGAGCUCAAAUGACUGAAUCUACCAGUUAUUUCACAUGCUGUCAUUGUGGAAAGACUUUCAGUCAAAAACAAAACCUUGAAGUCCACAUGAGAAUUCACAAUGGAGAAAAGCCUUUCACCUGCCAACAGUGUGGAAAGAGUUUCACUCAAAAACAAAACCUUAAAGUCCACAUGAGGGUUCACACUGGUGAUAAACCUUAUACUUGCACUCAGUGUGGACAGAGUUUUACACAUAAAGGAAACCUUAAUACCCACAUGAGAGGUCACACUGGAGAGAGUCCUUACACCUGUGGACUGUGUGAGAAGAGCUUCUCACGAAAAGAAAGUCUUAAAACUCACAUGCGAAUUCACACUGGAGAGAAGCCGUUCAUAUGUGGUCAGUGUGGAAAGAGCUUCAGAUGUAAAGAAAACCUUAACUGCCACAUGAGGAUUCACUCAAGAGAGAACAGUUGUAUAUGUCAUCAGUGUGGAAAGAGUUUACCUGACAGGAACCACCUUAGAAAUCAUGUAACAGCUCACAUUGGAGAGAAGCCUUUCAUGUGCCAUCACUGUGGAAAAACUUGCACAAACAAAGCAAUCCUUGAGAUUCAUUUAAGAGUUCACACUGGAGAGAGGCCUUACACAUGCCCUCAGUGUGGAAAGAGUUUCACAAAUAAAGGAAAUCUUAACAUUCACACGAGGCUUCACACUGGAGAGAAGCCCAUCACAUGUCUUCAGUGUGGAAAGUGUUUCACAUAUCACACAGACCUGAAACGACAUUUGCAAAGUCAUUCUUGAAAGAAAUUGUAGUAUUCCUCAAUUUUACAAAACAGUUUCAAAACUCACCUGCACAUUCACUCCCCAAGUGAAAAAAGUGCACUUCCAUAAUGUACUUAAAGUGCACUUGUGAAUGAUAGUUGGGUUCAAGUGUACUACAUGUGGUAACAAAAUUUUUUUUAUAGAACGAUAGUAUGUUAAAAGCACGUUUUAGUUCAUAUUAAUAGUUUCUCAAAAUACCACAGUUGAGUACAUUUAUCUUAAGUAUUUAAGAUUAGUUUUUAGUGUAUAUAAUGAACAAAUUUUUGUGUAAACAUAGCACCUUAAGUACAUUAUGGAAGUGCACUUUUUUCACCUGGUUUUAAAGAAGGACUGCUUUAUGUUCUUUGUGUGAAAAAUGUUUUAAAUGGCUCAGAGGUUUAAAAUGGCACCAGAAAAAUAUUGUAAAUGUUUAAAGGUUUAACUUGUAUAUAUUCAAAUCAGUUUAAUACGUCAGAAUCACCACAAUUAUUAUUAUUAUUCUUUUUUUGAAAAUUCCACAAUUUAAUUAAAAUACAAAUGUAAAAAAAGGAUAUAAGCUAAAGAAGUUAGUUGCCAUCUUAUGUUUAAAAGCUUUAAUUGUGGCACUAAAAUAGUUGCAGAAUGUGUAUUUAUGAAAUAUUAGUAACAACUGCAUAAGCUAUGACAGGAAAAUAAAACACUAGACAGUGUUUGAAAAGCUAUUCUGAACACCACUCUCUGAACUUGAAGUGGAGCAAUCACAUUUGACUCAGUUGCCCAGCAGAGGUUAUACUUCCUUCACCAGGAAUUUCAACCUGCUGAUGCAGUUCUACACAGCUGUCAUCGAGUCUGGCUUCUGCCCUUCUAUAACAGUCUGGAUUCGCUCAGCUGUCAAAUCAGACUUCAGAAAGGCCACUUUGGGCUGCUGGGGGAAGUACUGGUGCUGCCCGGAACUGUAUACAUUCGGACUGAAGUAAAGAGAGCUUAGAAAAGCGCUAGGAAUUCCUCACAACAUCUUUGAACUUAUGUUGUCUGGAUGGCGGUUCAGAACAUUGAACACUUUAACAGCCAUAAGAAAAGCUAUUUACCCCAGGCAAUGAAUAGUUCAUAUGGCCCAUUUUCCCCACUGUGCAAUAAAAACUCUGUGCAAUAUUAUGUUUAGCAAUACUCUACCUCUAUGACACUAAUUGUUUAGAGCACUUGUAUAUACAAGUAUACCUUGUUAAAUCAUGUUCACCGCAAACAGUAUAUAAUAUGUCAUUAAAUACAUAAUCAGAUUUACUUUCUAAGAAUUUAAAAUUCCCAAAUGCUAAAUACAAAGUAUGUUUGCACUUUUCUGAAUGUUUCUGCAUUUACAAUAUUGAAUGAGCAUUUGCAAGUCAUCAUGUGUAUAUUUAUUCGCUACUGUAAAUUUGAGUAAUUUUAAUAUAUUUAAAGAUAUUUUAUACUUGUACUUCAUUACACGAGGCAAAGUUUGUAUUUUUUUUUUCUCCACUACAUUUAGUAGCUUUGGUUCCUACACAAGUUAUUUUUCUCAUAACUGGUGGCAUGGUGUUUGAAUGGUUUUGCUAUCUUUGUAUGGACAGGGAUAUGACUCUGAGGUUCUGGCAUCUGUGUCUAUAAAUGUUUUGAGCAGUUGUCAUCUAGUGAAGUUUGGGCACCAUUACGAUAUUUAAGUGUCUUUAAUAAAUAUGCCCUUAAAAAAAGAA